UAACCUGAAUUAUCAGCAUUUGAGCACACAUUUCCACUAAGACGACGGAUCUCAAUUUCCUUAAUUAGAUUCGAUAGUAUCCGUCAGAUAUUACUAAGAGAUCAUUUUAGCCGUCGAUUUCAUUCUUUGUUUAGAAAGUGGUCUUCCCUUGAUUUCGGUUGAUGCUUUGACAUUGGUUGAAUAAAGUCAAACAGAAAAGAUAACCGGAAAAUCGGUUUACAUCGCCGGAAAAUGUCGUCGGAUCUCGGUUUUAUUCUGAUCACCACCGUCACUGCGUUUUUGUCUUAUUCGACCAGUGCCUUGUUACAUUCCGGGAGUGCCUCUCAUGGCGUUUCCCCAAGAGACUAUUACUUGACUACCGAUGCGCAUUGGUUUAAUCAAACCCUAGAUCAUUACUCUCCUCACGAUCAUCGCAAAUUCAGACAGAGAUACUAUGAAUACCUUGACAACUUCCGAGCUCCAGAUGGUCCUGUCUUUAUGAUAAUAUGCGGUGAAGGUCCUUGCAGUGGCAUAGCUAAAGAUUAUAUUAGUGUAUUAGCAAAGAAGUUUGAAGCUGGUGUGGUUUCAUUAGAACAUAGGUACUAUGGGAAAAGUUAUCCUUUUAACUCAUUAGCUACAGAGAAUCUGAGAUACCUUUCAUCCAAACAAGCCCUUUUCGAUUUGGCUGCUUUUCGUCAACAUUACCAGGCAACUUUGAAUGUUAAGUUGAAUAGAAGUAGUGACAACCCGUGGUUCUUCUUCGGGGUUUCUUAUCCUGGAGCUUUAAGUGCUUGGUUCCGGCUCAAGUUCCCUCACUUGACCUGUGGAAGCCUCGCUAGUUCUGCAGUUGUUCAUGCUGUCUAUGAAUUCUCUGCAUUUGAUCAGCAGAUUGGUGAAUCAGCUGAUCAGGAAUGCAAAGCUGCGCUACAAGAGACUAAUAAACUCCUGGAAAUAGGGCUCAAAGUAAACAGAAAGGCGGUGAAAGCCCUCUUUAACGCCACUGAGCUUCACGUUGAUGCUGAUUUCUUAUACUUAACCGCAGAUGCAGCGGUUAUGGCUUUCCAAUAUGGAAAUUCAGAUAAACUAUGUGUUCCGCUUGUUGAAGCAAAGGAGAACGGUGGUGAUUUAGUGGAAACAUAUUCUAAAUAUGUUAGAGACCAUUGCAUGAAAGUUUGGGGCCUACACGUUAGACCAUAUAACCGGAAACAUCUUAGAAACACUGUUGUUACCGCCGAUAGUACAUAUCGGAUAUGGUGGUUCCAAGUUUGCACAGAACUAGCAUAUUUCCAGGUGGCACCUGCAAAUAAUAGCGUUCGAUCUCAGCAAAUCAAUACAGAGUACCAUUUGAAUUUGUGCAAGAGCCUUUUUGGUAAAGGUACAUAUCCUGACGUUGAAGCAACAAACCUGUACUAUGGAGGCCAUAAAAUCGCGGCAACCAAAAUCAUUUUCACAAAUGGGUCACAAGAUCCAUGGCGUCAUGCUUCCAAACAGACCUCAUCUCCUGAAUUGCCUUCUUACAUCAUGGAUUGCCAUAACUGUGGCCAUGGAACUGAUCUACGAGGAUGCCCUCAAUCUCCAAUGGUCAUUGAAGGUAAAUCAAAUAAUUGCAGCUCACCAGAUGUUGUUAACAAAGUGAGGCAACAAAUGGUAGAACAUAUCGAUUUGUGGUUGUCUGAAUGUCGCGGAUCUACUAGGAGUUCUAAAUAACAUUGCAUCAUAGAACUAGAAGUCAUGGUUUGGUUAAACAAACUAUACAGUUUACAAAUUUUAGUCUUUACUACCACGUACUGAUUUGCAAACCAAAUUUGAAUGGAAACUGUUAACCUAAAGCAGUAAAUACAUUUGAAGCUACUUAGUAUUUACUGUACGUGUCGUUGAAAAGGACGUAAUAACUUAUUGAAUUAUAACACAGGUUGCGAUGUUACAAUACAAAGGUUUUUAACGAGUUGUUGGUACCACCAUGUCUCAUUUACAAUAUUUGUUUUGGUCAAUAUUUAAGGUUUAUAAUGAUAAAUAUAUCAUUGUUCUGUAUAUAAUAUACUUCUUUCUAAUGAUAAUACACUUCGUAUAAUCAUAGAGUGGGUUCUUGUCAAUCCAUGUCGGAUGAAUAAUAAAUAAGUAAUUAUGUCUUACUAUAAAAAAGAAAGACCGUUGAAUUUGUUGCACGAAUGAUCAGUUUCCUUUCCCCUAAACUUGCAAACUCUCGUUUUCCCCCAGCAAAAGUAAAGGAAUGAAAAUGAUUAUCAAUUUCAAAAUUUCUUCAAUUUUUUGCCAUUUAUAUGUUUAAAUUUAUUCACAAUUAUUUAUUAACAGUAUGACGACUUGUAUAAAUUUUAUCAUAGCAUUUCACAGUUUUAUAAUAAUUGUGAUACAUGGCUUAUUUUCUAAGUUUUGCCUUAGGAACCACGGCAUUGUUGAGCCAUCCCUUUGGUUUCUAUCAUUCGAAGUCAAAACUGUUUGUUCACGUUACAAAUGUGAGUCUAUUUACAUUUGAUAAAUACAUUUAAACAGUGACAUUCUAGCGAGAUAGCUCAUGUCAUAUCGAUAUGUCAAGAAUUAGUAUCAGCUAGCUAUUAAUCUUCUCAUCAGUAUUCGAUUCUCGUUACUCUUGUGUAAAUAGAUAUUGUAAGCAUCAUCAUAUUGAUAAUACAAUUUAUACGUUUCUCAUAGGUUGUUAUACCACACAUAUGGAACAUAAUAUAAAAGAUUUUAACGUGACAUAUUCAUCUUAAUUAAAAUUUUGCCAAAUUGUAUGUAGUACUUCUGAUCUUUAUAUCAUUGAUUACUUUGUCUUACAUGCGAAAUUUCUUUCACAAAAAGAGUCUUAUGCGAAUACAAAUUAAAGCUAACCUUCUACUAUAAAGAUAAUAAAGAGCUUACCUUAGCCUGGAGACCAGAAAGCAUUAAAACUAAUUAGGUCUAUCUUCUAUCACUUCCUAGAGUUUCUUUUAACACUCAUCUUUUGCAAGUGUCGUUUUGUUCCUAGUGGAGCAAGAUAUUUUUGGUUAUUAGAACUACACAUAUAGUUUGAUAUAUAACUCUCACUAUUAUAAUAAAUAUAAACAAAACUCUUGAAAACCAGUUGAUUAUAAAACAUUAUCCUUGCUAGAAAAUCAUUGCAACUUUAAUAAAGUCGUAGUGUUUAAUUUUUUUUUGUCAACUAAUUAAUUAUGCUAAGCAUCAACAC